AUGCAGUUCUCCUACCAAAUGAUCACCACUUUCAUGGCCUUCGUGCUCUUCAACUCGGCUACUGCCGCCCCAGUUGUCGAUGCUGCCGCUGGUGCCGUGGCAUGGGCCGAUCCUCAAGACUGCCACCGAUUCUUCGAGUGCCCCGCUGGCGGCACUCCCGUCCUGAAGACCUGCGGUCCUGGAACCGCCUUCCAGGCCAGCACUAGCGUCUGCGACUACGAGCACAACGUUGCCAGCUGCUGGUGGCGCCACUAG